CGAGGCAUACACACACACAUCGAUAAAAGGGGGUUGAUAAAACCGGAUGACAGGAUACAAAUCAGAACCCGAAACUAAGGCUGAAUCUGAAAAGAACUCGUCAUGGAGGAACGUGCUGUGCUGGCCAACAUUGCCUCCAUAAUCACCAAGGAUCUGCUAAUUGACCAGCCGCCCGUGGACAUAAAUUCAGGCAGCUAUCCCCUGUUGUCCUUCGGCGAGGACGACGAUGAGGCGGAGAUCUUCGCCCUGAUGCAGCGGAAACGGGCGAUGGCCGCCAGCCGGAAGCGCCGGAUGCUGCGGGAGCCAGAGGUCCGGAAGCAGGAACUCAAGGUGCCCAAGCUGGAGUGGCCCCACGCCGAACUCAACCUCCUGCACCGGUACACGGAUGCCCAGUUCGAGUCCUACCUCCACAUGCGCAAGCUCACAUUCCUGAAAAUCCAGCAAACCCUGGAGGGGACCCUCAGCGGAAUUCCGUUGCCCGGCUAUCCCACUCCGCCGGCGCAGACCAUGUUGUCCCUGGCCUUGUGGAAGCUCUCCACCGACGAGCACUUCGAGGAGAUCGCCCGGAAGUUCCGGCUGCCCUGGGCCCUUUGCCAGCAGGUGGUGCGGGGAUUCUGGCACUGCAUCUCCGACAACUACGAGAGCUUCAUCAAGUGGCCCAACUCACUGGCGGCCCAGCGGAACACCCUGCAGGGCUACCAGAGACUGGAGCAGCUUCGCUGCUUUCGGGAACUUUUCGGCAUCAUCACACUGAGACGGCUGGACGUAUUCCUGGAAUCGGAGCACGCCGAGGUGCCGGUGGUGCUUCAGCUGAUCUGCAACGCGGAGCGUAAGAUCGUCGACUGCUACGUGGAAAUGGCCCAGGAAUACACCUUCGAGGACUCGCCCAUCGGCCAGACGUUGGCCCUAAAUCCAAGGACCAUGCCGGCGGGCAGCUAUCUCAUCGGAAACGGGGUUUUCCCUCUGAAAUCCUACCUGAUGCGUCCCAUCGAGGCCGAGUGCUUCCGCAAGGAUGCGGUGUUCAACGAACUGCUGCGUCCCGCCUUCCAGCUGGCGGAAAAGGUCCUGGACACCUUGGCUCGCCGGUUCAACACCCUGUACGCCCUGGAGGCGCGCGAUUUGAACGAGGUGCGGCUCAUCGUGGAGAGCAUAUGUGCGAUGCACAACCUCUGCGAGGAGUACGAGGACGACGGUCUGGGGGACACUGGCCAGAGCUCCUUUAGCUGGGGCGGACUGGCCGAGGGGGUCAGGGGCAGCGAAAAGGACUCCAAGGGACUGCAGCGAAGAGUCGAGCUCCUUGACGAGCUGGUGGCCAUCGAGCCGGGAGAAUAAAAAAGCCACGUACUUGGAUUUCGGUUUAAUAUCCUUGGAGUUUUUUC